UGCCUCAGUUUACCCGUGGACUCUGGGCGCCUUUGGCUGAGGGACGAGGAUUGGUGUCGCCUCCCCUUCCUCCCCGGGAGCUGGCCGGGGCUGCAGGUGCCAGGGGGCUCGGCCCAGCUGCUGAGGGGCCAGCUUGGCCCCCCCGGCCCAGGCCUAUCCGGGGGGGCUGCACCUGUCUGCAGCCCGACUUCCUCUGCGGAGACCCACAGUGCGAGACCUGCAAACGCCACCCCUGCCCGCCCGGCCAGGAGGUGGAGGCCCGUGGGGAGUACAAUUAUGGCUUCAUAUGCGUCAACUGUGCCGAGGGGACCUUCUCCGGGGGCAGCGAGGGCCGCUGUGACCCUUGGGCAGACCUUUAUAGCCACAUCCUGCAAGGAAAACCCCCAGACUCCUGUGCUGCCGGCGCGAUGAGGAGGUGUGUGGGUGCUCCGUGGCCCGGCGCGCUCUGCUCUGCCCUGCUGCUCCUGGGGCUGGGCGCCGCGGCCCAGCCGGUCUGCAAGGAGAACACCUACCCCAGGGGCCACAAGUGCUGCAAGGAGUGCGACCCAGGUUUCCAGAUGCUGAGCCGCUGCACCGACAGCCGGGACUCGCUGUGCCUGCCGUGCAAGCCCGGCUUCUACAACGAGGCUGUGAACUACGACACCUGCAAACCCUGCACCCAGUGCAACCAGCGAAGUGGGAGUGAAGUCAAGCGGAUGUGCACGGCCACCAACGACACCGUGUGCAGCUGCCGGCCUGGCACCCAGCCCCGCGGUGGCUUCAAGCGAGGAGUUGACUGUGCCCCGUGCCCACCAGGACACUUCUCCUCCGGUGACAACUCGGCCUGCAAACCCUGGACCAACUGCACUUUGGAGGGGAAGCGCACCCUGAGGGCCGGCAGCAACAGCUCGGACGCCAUCUGUGAGGGCAGGACGCCCCCAGCCACACUCCCUGAGAGGACCCCAGGCUCCCCAGCCCUGCUCCCCACCACCCAGCCCCCCACCGCCUGGCCCAGGCCCUCACAGGGGCCUGCCAUGCCCCCUGCGGAGCCCCCCAGGGGCCCCGAGCUGGCCGCCGUCCUGGGCCUGGGGCUGUGCCUGGGCCUGCUGGCCCCGGUGGCCGCCGCGCUGGUCCUGCUGCAGCACUACAAGGCCUGGAGGCUGCCCGCCCCCCGCGCCAAGCACCCCGGAGGGAGCAGCUGCCGGACCCCCGUCCAAGAGGAGCAGUCGGACGCCCACUCCGCCCUGGCCAAGCUCUGAGCAGCUGCGCCCCAGCACCCCUUCGUCCUGCCAGCCCCUCGCCCCGGCGCCCCGGCACCCACCCCGGCUUGCCGCUCCGUCGCCCCGUCCCCCCCGGCACCCUGUCGCCUGCCCUGCGCCGUUCUAGGCGCGCCUGGGCCCGCCCCCGGGCUCGGCUAUGUAUGCCGUGCAUACUCCACCCGCGGUGGCUCCCAAUAAACGCCGUCGGCCGA